AUGCCUGUCAACCAGAACUACCACUUCUUCAGUUCCAAUGGAGUGAAGAUACACUACCAUCUUUAUGGACAAGGGCCUCCUUUGAUCUUCGUCCACGGCCACCCAGACAACGAAAUGACGUUCUCGGAGCAAAUCGAUGAAUUCUCCACCGAUCACACAGUAAUACUGCCAACACUUCGUGGUUAUCCGCCCAGUGACGUCCCGCUAGACGAGGAUGCCUACCAAGGUCAUAUCAUGGCGGGCGACAUGGUGGCGCUGUUGGAUCAUCUCAAAAUCAACAAGGCUGUUUUUGCCGGCGGCGACGUUGGUGGUAUUACGGUACAGAGACUAGCAUUCCUCCAUCCGAACAGAGUGCUAGGCCUCGUCAUAUUCAACACACCAAUUCUCGGCACCAUGAUGCAUCUUAUUUAUCACGACAAAGAACAGCAAGAGCUAUCCAGGUAUUCGUUGGAAUACAUUAAUCAUGAACCUGGAGACAAAUACGACUUGGACUAUGUUGUCCGUACCAUACCAGACGCGAAUUAUCGUGCCAAAAUCAGGGAUUAUCUUCAGAAAUCCCCCGAAUGGGGAAUGUUUUAUUUCUUUCGGAAGAACUUUCCGUCGCCUCCUUACGGCCAUGAUGUGGAUACCACAAAUAAGAUGCUUGACGGCUUCUACAAGUGGUUUGACCUCUCUGUCCGAGUAGUCACACUACCAAACGCCGGGCAUUGGCUAUGGCGAGAAGACCCUCGAAAGGUGAACGCGGAGCUGCGAUCAUGGCUUACUGCUCUAGAAAGCGGGGGUCUGUAA